CACAUGGUCUUCGGACCUGCGCUUUAUUGCUCUAUGGUAACAAUACGGGUAGGUAGUGAGACACAGCGGCCUCAGGCUGCACCUUCCGUUUUACCUCACUGUGCGGCAGCGUUUUCACCUUGGGUGUCAUGUCCACCAACCCUUUGUUUGGUAAUAAGAAACGAGAGAGCUCAGUAUUUUAUGGUGCAGGUCACGCACAGGUGAACAUUUCCACUGCAGCAAUGAGAGGCCCUCCCGCUACUGGGAAUGAGAGACACAGGUAUCCUCCACCAAAACGUUCCCGGACUGCCCACGCCACAGAGAUGAAACCUUUUGAUGACCCUUUCAAUGACCAUGAAGAUUUUACAGCUGAUGACUUGGAGGAAAUUGACAUCCUGGCCUCACAGGCAUAUACCCAGGAUCCUGACCCAGCAGAACCUGCAGCAAAUCAUACCCAUAGCAAAGCACCCCCAAGUAAUGGGUUACCUUAUUCAUUUAAGACUGGGCAGCAACACGGACAACAGAGACUGAAGAAUAGUGUCAGGAGAGAACCUCUAGAAUCCUGUGGAAGUAAAGAGAGCUUUGGGUUGGAGGUUCUACAGGCUCAGCAUGAAGACUUGAGGCAAAAGCUGAAAGAACUUCAGGAUCAAUUACUGGUGAAAAAUGGUGAAAUUAAAGUUUUGCGGGACACGCUUCGACAAACAGAGACAGACAUGGAGCAGCAGAAAGUCUCCCACAUGAUGCAGGAAAAAGAAAAAGAUCAGAUUCAGAACGAGAAGGAAAAGGAACUUUCAAAAAAGUUACAGUCUCUGCAGUCAGAAUUGCAGUUUAAAGAGGCUGAAAUGAAUGAACUUCGAAAUAAACUUCAGACCUGCGAACGAAACAAUAAACCUGUUGUUGCAACCAUUAGUCCCAAAAAAAGUCCCUCAACAUUUAUAAAGCCAGAGUCUCUGUAUCCCGGAAAAGGCUUCUUCCCUACAAAAGAGUCCUUUAAUGCAGAAAUGACAGUCAAAGCGUCCAGCUCUGUGGCACCUCUUUCCACCCGAAUUCCUGUAAUAGAGGCAGCAAAUGAAAAUGCCACAGUCCUGAAAGCAAACAAAUUCCCCUCUUCGUUUUAUAGCCAGAAAAAUAAUGGCCAAGGUUCUGUAUUACUGAACGCGCUGAUGCAGCAGCCGAUUUAUCAAGGGUCUCUGGGCCUGUGUCACCUGCUCAGCAAUAAUCCAGAUCUUACUGUGGGGUCCCCCACCCGCACUAACUGUACCAGCAAGUCAACCAGUACCUCAGUACCCAUCACCAUGAUGCCUACACGAUGCUCAGCCUUACGAGAGGCUCAGCAAUUGGCCUUCACUGGUUUAAAUUCCAUUGCGAUGAAUGAGGGUGCAAUAGGGACAAAAGACUCUCAGAACCACUGCGGACUAUUGCAUCUAAACAAGAUGAGCCGGCUACCCGGAGCUGUACACCUGCUGCCUUUGGUAGAGUUUCAUAUCUCUUCUUACUAUCAGGCCCUGCAGACCUUUGAGAAGUCAGUAGUGGGCCCAUCUGAGAACCAGUCCAUAGCUUCCUCCAGCACAGAGCGAGGUGGGGCCUCUAGCAUUGAGGAUCCCUUUGUGAGUGUGGUAGACGCUGCUCUUGCAUCACUUGGCAUUCUCUAUCACAUGGUGUUUUACAGCUUAGAGGUAGUGAACACUUUACUGCGGAGUUGCUCGGAGACUAGGACGCCGGCAGCAACCACCUCAGAACUAACUUCUAGAACUUUGAAGCCAAUUGAGGGAGCGAAUGAUGACCAAAAUUAUCACCCGGUAUUUAAAAAACUACUACAGAUCUUGUGCUCUCCUCCUGCUACUUGCCAGAGAGACCUGGUAUGCACCCAGACCCUCAAAGUGCUUGUGAAACUGGCGGAAAACUCUCCAAAUGAACGGCUGUCUAGUUUCCACAGCUUAUUUGCCCGUCCCGCCUUGCAGCAGUGUUUGUCUCCAGAUUCCCCAAUCCCCGUGGCACAUAUGACCGUUCGGCUCCUGGCAGUCCUCACUGAUCACCAGAAAUUGACCGACCUGCUGUGUACUCGCUCAGAAAGCUGCACUCUGCUGUCCUUGUUCAGGUACGUCAUCUCGAGGCCAGACAAGACAACGUCUGGAUCCCUCUGGCUUCAGUUAGAACACGAGGUCGUCAGAUUUCUGAGUAAGCUGUCUGUCCAAGACUCGAACUGGCCUGCCGCACCGCCUGGGAUAGCAUGUUCCUGCAAUAGAGAGGGGGUGAAGGCGUUGGUUCUGGCUCUGCACCAGGAGUGGCUGUGCGUACGGCGCUCAGCACAACUCCCCCUGACCUCAACACAUGACAAAGCCAUACAGUUCCUGCGAGACACAGUCCUGCUGCUCCACAGCCUCUCCCAGAAAGACAAAAACUUCAGUGAGCACUGCCUGGAGGUUCUUCACCAAUACGACCAAGCCAUGCCGGGGGUCCGGGCUGUCUUCAAGAAGUUCCACGUGCUGAAGGAAAAUGAAGAGUUUGCCCUGGACGAGCUGUGUCCACCAGAAGCAGAAACAGAAGAUGAAUAUAUGGACUGUACAUAAGACGGCCGUUCCACACACCUGUGCUGCAUCGGACUUUAACGGACUGUGUUUUGUUUAGUUUUUUUGUAGUCUGAUACCUGCAUUAAUCUGACAGCAAAACGAUUUUCAAAAUAAGUUUAAAAAAAUAUACAUAAAAAUAUAUAUUGAAAAAUAAUUAAAAAAAAAAAAAGAAUCUUCCUUUAUGUAAAUGUUUAAACUUUUUAAAAAAAUACAUUUUGUGAAAAUGUGAAUACUGUACAUUUUUUAAAAAUGAAAUAAAUUCAAGAUUGAAAAAAACAUGCUGUAA